AUGCGUCUUGUUCUUCCGCUGUGCUGCUCCUGCUAACAAGCUAGGCCUCCUGCCGAUACUGGCGGCGUGAAACCAGCUGUUACCAUUUGUUGUCGAGCUGUUGCAACUAUAAAGGUGCAUCUGAUUCUAGGACUCUAACAAGAAGAUAGUUGGAAUGGGAGACCCUGCUUUUCAUCGAGACUGUCCCCUCGACUGCAAGGUUUAUGUUGGGAAUCUAGGAAACAAUGGAAAUAAGACGGAGUUAGAAAGAGCUUUUGGAUACUAUGGUCCUUUAAGAAGUGUUUGGGUUGCCAGGAAUCCUCCAGGUUUUGCUUUUGUAGAGUUUGAAGACCCCAGAGAUGCAUCUGAUGCUGUGAGAGAACUGGAUGGCAGAAACAUGUGUGGCUGUCGAGUGCGUGUCGAGUUAUCCACCGGGGAAAAGCGCUCUAGAAGCCGUGGCCCUCCUCCAUCCUGGAGCAGACGCCCUCGCGAUGAUUUUAGGCGACGUAGUCCUCCAGUCAGACGCAGAUCCCCAAGGAGGAGGAGCCUGAGCCGCAGUCGCAGCAGGUCUCUUUCAAGAGACAGACGUAGAUAUCGGUCUCUCUCCAGAGACAAGAACCGCAAGCGCUCACAAUCCUUCUCACGAUCAAGGAGUCGUUCCCGAUCUAAUGAGAGGAAAUGAAGAUCUUGGAUUGUUCGUCUGCAGGAUGAAGCUAUGGUUGCGAAAAGACAAAUUUUUAUAGUCAUGUUUUUUUUUGAUUUUGUUUGCUAGCUGAAGGCAGCUUAAGAUCAGCCAAGUUAUACAUUGAGUAAUCAUAGUCUGUUAAAUGAACAACAAAGGACUAAAGUGUUUUUCUCCUUUUGUAUGUUUUCGUGGCAAGAUUUUCCCAUUAUACUGAAAGGUUGUUCUUUUUUGCCAUCUGUUCACUUAAAAUUAAUUCUAUCUUGCCUUGCUUGUUUUGAAACUGAGUCCUAGAUUGAGUAUUACAUUAACAUCUUCGUGUUUUCUUUUUAAGCUGUUGAAUUAAAGUUCAUGCUAGGUUUUUAUUUGUUUUUGUUUGCAUUUUUUAAAAUAUUUGAUUCACUCUUAAAAUUCUAAUGACGAAUUCCAUUGUUAGUGGGAAUGUACUUUAUACCAGUAAUGAAGCAGACAAAGGUUGUAAAUACUGGUGCUGUUAUUUGUAGGCUAUCUCUAAAACAUUAUCCGUAAUUCUGUAUUAUACCUACUGUAUGCCACUUUUUCAAAAGAAGGCAUUUACUCUGUACUACUUUGCUUGAUUCUCUGAGGUCUGACAAUUUGUGCUAAUGCAGUUUAACAACUUGUUGAAUAAAUGUUUUUCCAAGGUGA